ACGUCAAUGCGAACGGUUGUAGUCAGCUGUAUCGCCUGGUCUGUUCCAACUAGAGUGUAGUAAUUGGAGUAAGCUGCAUCUGUACCGAAUCAUCGUCAUCAUCAUUAUCAUCAUCGUGAACAUCAUCAUCCACCCAGUCGGUGGAGGAGAGUAAAACCAAGCUGCUGAGCAGUCAAUUUGGCCACACCAGUGCCAGACGCCGAAUCGUACGGAUUACUUCCUCACAUUUCUUCUGUGAAGAACGCUGCUCCAAGAGCUUACAAAACAGUGCGAGACAUCUCUCAGUGCCUUAUAGCCAAAAACCAGUGAUACAGCACCACAGCUCCUCAGUUAUCCAAGUGCAGUGCGCGUGUUGACACGUGAAAACCCAGAGGUCCUCAUUUUUCUUUGAAUCGUUCAAAUUUUAAACCAACCUCACCAAAAUGAGAGAAAUCGUCCAUCUGCAGGCCGGUCAGUGCGGAAACCAGAUUGGUGCUAAGUUCUGGGAAAUCAUCUCCGAGGAGCAUGGAAUCGACGCUACCGGAAUCUACCACGGAGAAUCGGAUCUGCAAUUGGAACGUGUCAGCGUGUACUACAAUGAAGCUUCAGCGGUAUCUCGUUCCUCGGGUGGCAAAUAUGUACCACGUGCCAUUCUGCUGGAUCUUGAACCGGGUACUAUGGAGGCCGUUCGCUCCGGACCAUACGGCAAACUUUUCCGUCCCGAUAACUUCGUCUUCGGACAGUCUGGUGCCGGCAACAACUGGGCCAAGGGACACUAUACCGAGGGUGCCGAGCUGGUCGAUGCUGUGCUGGAUGUAGUGCGCAAAGAGUGCGAAAACUGCGACUGCCUGCAGGGAUUCCAACUGACCCACUCCCUCGGUGGUGGUACCGGUUCCGGUAUGGGAACCCUGCUGAUCUCUAAAAUUCGCGAAGAAUAUCCCGACAGAAUCAUGAACACCUACUCUGUUGUCCCAUCACCAAAGGUGUCCGACACCGUUGUGGAACCUUACAACGCCACGCUAUCGAUCCACCAGCUGGUUGAGAACACCGACGAAACCUAUUGCAUUGAUAACGAAGCACUCUAUGACAUCUGCUUCCGCACGCUGAAGGUGCCAAACCCAAGCUACGGCGACCUUAACCAUCUCGUCUCGCUGACAAUGUCCGGAGUUACCACCUGCCUGCGUUUCCCUGGCCAGCUGAACGCCGAUCUGCGAAAACUGGCCGUCAACAUGGUCCCAUUCCCUCGGCUGCAUUUCUUCAUGCCAGGAUUCGCUCCACUAACCUCACGCGGAUCUCAACAGUACCGCGCUCUGACCGUCCCAGAGCUCACCCAGCAGAUGUUCGACGCCAAGAACAUGAUGGCUGCCUGUGAUCCACGUCACGGACGCUAUCUGACCGUGGCCGCCGUCUUCCGUGGGCGCAUGUCGAUGAAGGAGGUCGACGAACAGAUGCUGGCCGUCCAGAACAAGAACAGCAGCUACUUCGUCGAGUGGAUCCCGAACAACGUCAAAACCGCCGUCUGUGAUAUUCCACCAAAGGGUCUGAAGAUGUCGUCGACCUUCAUCGGAAACACCACUGCCAUCCAGGAGCUGUUCAAGCGCAUCUCCGAACAGUUCUCCGCUAUGUUCCGUCGUAAGGCUUUCUUGCAUUGGUACACUGGCGAGGGUAUGGAUGAGAUGGAAUUCACCGAAGCCGAGAGCAACAUGAACGAUCUCGUGUCAGAGUAUCAACAGUACCAGGAAGCGACGGCCGACGACGAGUUCGAGCAGGAAGAAUGUGCCGACGAAAUGGAAGGUGAAUGCGUCUAAAUCACUGCUGCUGCUGCUGUUGCUGACAACUCCUCGGCUAUUUCGAGAAGCAUUUUUACUAUUUAUUAUUUUAGUUAGAUAAAUCGAAUCGAUGUGUUUUAUGUGUACACAAGCCGGAGAAAUAGUCUUUAAAAUUCUAACAAUUCAUCCUACUCUUGGAUCUCAGCAUACUUACUAAUCAGUCAGACAAGGCAAAAUCAAGUAAGUUUUAGAAAGAUUAAAACUAUUCAUUCACCGCACAUAAAAACAUCGAACGGAAACCAAUUGUGUAAGUAGGAGAGCGAGAGUGUGACUUAGUAUUGAAUUUGGAGCGGAGACGAAAAAUUUGAACGCCCGCCCCCUCCGGAACAGCGAGAAUAACCACGUGAAAGCCUAUACUCUCAGGCAAUAUUUCCAGGGGAAGGAAAUAACUUGCAUCACUGAGCAUCGCUGGCUUUCGCGUGACCUAUCCGGGACGGGGUUUAGUAAGGGAGGUGUGGAGGUGUGGAAUGUGACGAAAGAGCUGCCAAAGCGGAAGUUGUUCGUGGAAUCAUCCGCUUCUCGCUGUACGACCGUUUAUCAUACAUUUAGCAAUAUACCCAAAGAUUUGUUUGUUUGUGGAAAAGCGUUCAGUCUUCUCAGUAUCUGUCAGUCUUUUAUUUCCUUCGAUCGGGAACCUUACGAACGAACAAUAAUAAUACCGGACGUCUUAUCUUUGCUCUUAUUUUUCAUAUUUAUCAUUUGAAUAUUUAAAUUGCGUUAUCAGAAGAAUAAAACAUACAGGAAUUGUCAAUUUUAUUUUUAAGGAUCGUUGCUUGAUCUUGUGCUAUUCUAUUCAUACACACUUGUAUACUUGAACACCUUUGAAAAAGCAAAUCUGGGACAACUCGAAUGUUGGUAAUUGAAACAGAACAAUAAAAUAUUUUGUAUUUAUUUGUA